AUGACUGUUAUCGCAAAGAUUCUACACCCAAUAGCUGGGCCCAAUUGCUAUACGACUGCCUCGGAGGUGGCAACAAUGGAGUUUGCUCGUAGUGUUUUAGGGGUCCCAAUUCCCGAGGUCUAUGCGUGGAGCGCAGAUUGUGAAAAUCCGGUCGGCUCUGAAUACAUCAUCAUGCAGGAGGCUCCUGGUGAAAAGCUAGAAGAUGUAUGGCCGGGCAUGUCCUUGGAGAAGAAGGUCAAAAUCAUGAAAGAUGUCGUGUCGAUUGAGAAAAAGAUGCUUUCUGCUUCCCUGAACAGACACGGGAGUCUCUACUUUACUAAUGACAGCAUUGUGGGUGCUGUUGAAGCCGAAGUCACUGGCAACGUCACUGCGACUGUCAAGGAGGACGUGAAGCAACGCUUUUCCAUUGGGCCAGUUGCAGCAAGAGACUAUUGGAAUAAAGAACGCGCGGCCAUGAGUCUCGAUCGCGGUCCUUGGAAACAACCGCAAGAUUAUAUCCAGUCCCUCGUUCGUCGAGAGCUGGCCUGGAUUCAACAGUAUGCAAUUCCACGGUCGCACGACGAUCCGUUACUAUCGUCAGAGUCACAAAACUCCCCCAGCACUCAUGUCUCCUUGCUCGAGAGGUUUCUCAAAGUGUCUCCAUUUCUUCUGCCAGAUGACCCCACGGUAACCGCACCUCAUAUAUGGCACACAGAUCUCCAUGGUGGGAAUAUAUUUGUCGAACAAGGUAAGAUCUCCAGCAUCAUAGAUUGGCAAGGCAUCUGGACCGAGCCCUUGAUUCUCCGAGCGCGCCAUCCACGUCUGGUGGACCAUAACGGGGAAUUUAUCUUAAAGGCCCCAGAAAACUUCAAGGACUUGGAUUCUGGGGAGAAGGAGCGAAUCUGGGACCAAAUAAGUCGCUCUAUCAUCUUGUAUCUGUACGAAAAGGAGCUCAUUGAAGAAGCUCCGCUCGUGAACAAAAUACUUCGCCUCGAAAGCGGACGGAUAAGAUGCGAUCCGAUACAGUUCGUGGGUGGCACUUGGGAUGACGAGCUUUUGCCAUUGAGGGAUUCCCUGAUCAAAGUGGAGAGAUACUGGGACAGCAUAGGCUUCAAGUUUCCAUGUCCUAUCCAUUUCAGCGAGGAGGAACUCCGGACUCACGCUGCAGAAGGGGAUGGGUGGAACGAAGUGCAAGAUUUCUGGGACGCUAUUGAGAACCUUGUCACAAGAGAUGGAUGGACCCCAUAUGACCGCUAUGAUGACGCCGUUGCUUUCUUUACCGAGCUUCGUGAGACUCGCUUGAAGACUAUGGCGGGCAAGGAGAGGGAAGACUUUAAGCGGCAAACAGAGUGGAUUGAUUGAACUUAGGCUGAAUUGUUCUGGCUGUCAAAUCGUCGAAGCCUUGGCAGUUCAUUGCUAACAUCACCUCGUGGUUCUUACAAAUUUGUG